AUUUCCAGCACCAUAGGGAAGCAGCGCAAGGGUCCAAGCCAACUGGCCCUUACCCCGUUUUUUCUCCGGCAAAGCCUAGACAAGCAACAAACAGGCAAAGUUUUCACAUCGGUACAGCGUCAGCAAAGCGCAGCACCAGCCCGAGUUUACCACCAUCAAAGCAGCCCCACGACUGUGGUUUUUCAUCGAAAAAAAUCGUUAGGCCAUUUUUGCAUGAUUCAGGCUAUCGCAUGGUCGAUUUUUUUUGGCCAAUAUCCCCCAUGGUUGAUGGCUUUUUGAGCGAUCCAACCCCCGCCUCGUCACUCCCAACUCUCCGCCCUCACCCCACUCUUUAGCGAUGAACUCCCGCAAGAUUCGCAUCAAGAAGCUCAACGUCAAACAGCCACUUUCCAUCCUCAAAGAGGAUGAGAUUGAUGCAACCGAAUAUGAGUCCCUUACGCAGGAACUCCAAGUUGCCACUGGAGUCGAGGCCGGAGAGGAAAAUGAAUACCAUCUACAAGUACUCUUGAAGACCGCAGGUUCAAAGGUUGACAAUGAAAUCCCUGUGCCCCCUCCGCAGGAGAGCACAACCUCGUACGAGGAGCUCUAUACCCGGCCUUAUUCGGAACCAGCUAGCUACGUUCGUUUUAGCCAGACGGUUGAGGAGUGCAAUGGCUGCAACUAUGACAUGACCGAGGAGGAUGAUGCCUUCCUCAAGGAGUACAACGCGAAAAGGCCCGCUGCUCAGCGGCUGUCUGAAGAUGACUUCGAAAGGGUUAUGGAUUCUUUUGAGGAGCAAUCACUUAAUCAGACGCCUUACGCAGCCGUCGAUAAGACAAUCCUCGAGUAUGAGCAGAUGGCCCAUGAGCUCAACGUGCUCUUCACUGCUAAGGUGGUGUCGCACUCGAAAGCCGUGUAUGACUACUGGAAGUCGCGCAAGGAAUCUGUGGGCAAUGGUUCGAUCCUGCCGAGUCUCAAAUUCGAGAGGUCCCAGGAGAGCGAUGACCUGGACCCGUAUGUCUGCUUCCGGAGGAGAGAGGUUCGACAAACCCGCAAGACGCGGGCGAGAGACGUGCAGAGUGCCGACAAGCUCAAACGCCUGAGGAGAGAGCUCGAGGAGGGCCGACAUCUUAUUAUGUUGUGUAGGGAUCGUGAACUUUUGAAGAGCGAGCUGCUCCGGACCGAUCGGCAGAUAUUCGAAAAGAGGGCCAAGGUGAAGGAAAUGAAAGUCCGUUUGGGUAUCAAGGGCGACGACGAUGACCUUAUCAACCAGAAGGCACCACCCAAGAAGAAGCACUCAGAAACGCCAGCCGCUCAGAAGGCAGCAGGUUCUGGGGCUAUUCGCCUGCAGCAACCAAGAUCGCUUGGCCCAGUCGAAGUCGAGCUGCCUCUGCUUGAGACCAAGCUCAACAAGCAGAAUGAGGAGCUUCGUAGUGAUAUCAUGACCAAGAUCCAGAAUCACCAGAACUGGAACAGGAAUCAUGUGGACCUCACAAAGAGCCCGCUCCCGCCAGUCGAAAACAAUCAGCCAAGCUUCAGGAAAGCCCAGGCUCACUAUCUCCUGACACCUCCCGCAAGUAGCGCUUCAGGGGAGUCAGCCGGAGAGCCAACCCCGAUGGAUCUGGACGACGGCAUCCCUUCGGCCAUGUUUCAAUUCAAGGGUGCUCCUGUCGAUGAGAACAGCCCGCCGCAGUUGCUGUCGUACCGUCGGCGCGUGGGCCGGCUGAACAGGAUGUGGAUUGACAGGCGGUUGGAAAAGUCAGCACGGUCCCCCCAGCCCAGUCCAGACACCGACCGAUGGAAGUAUGACCAAGACGAGAGCGACGACGAACAGCCCGUGUAUGAGAUCGACCCAUACGACACGACUAGCAUCAGGUUCAGGGCGACGAUACCGCUGUCCUUCCAAGAUCCGCGGCGUCAACAACGGCAGCUCGAAGCUGCCGCCCAAGCCCAGGCCGCUGCAAUACAAGCUGCCACAAAUGGACAGCCGCAGCCGCAGCCGCAGCCGCAGCCGCAGCCGCAGCAACAGCAACAGGCAGCGCCCAAACCACCCCCCGCAGCCGUUGCGGUCAAACAGGACAGUUGA